CGAAAUAGCUAUAGUUUAUCUGGUUUAUACUACAGUGUGUGGGUGUAUGAAAGGCACUGUCGUCUAACUACCAGAAUUGGCAGUUAGAUGAUGGCUUCUAACUACCCCUGCUGUGGUCUACACUAUAUAAACUCGUGGUGGUGCCUUUGAUACACCCACACACUGUAGUACAAAUUAGAAUAGCACUUAGUGAAACCAUACAGGUAUCGUCAGUAGAGGCAGUAUUGUCUGGUGGUUUAUUUAAAUGUGUUUGGUCACGAGGAGUCAGUAAAGAUGAUCCGUCACUAGUUGAUUGGAACUGGAAUAGAAUCAAGAACAGAAGAACAACACUUGUCCUGCAACGUGAAGCAAAGUCAUCUCUCUCAUUUGAGAAGUGUCCCAUCAUAUUAUUAGGAGAGUAUUAUCCAAUAGACAUUAAAAUAAAGAACGAGGAGGCCAGUAUCAUGAAGGACAUAAAGAUCAGUGCUGUAUUUCUACUGGACCAGCACAAAUCAAAAAUCAAAGAAGAUGGGACUCCUCUUGUCCAGCUGUAUGUCUCCCCUCCCUCUCCCUCUCUCUCCUCCUCUUCCAUUCAACAAGACUCUCUCUACAGUAUCCAUAUGCUUUGCGACACCCUUGAGCCCGAUCAAGAGCUUUUGAGGACAUUUUAUGUGAAGUCUGUCUCAAUGGGAUCUCAGAGCAUCAGCGUGUCCUUAUCUUAUAAUGUUGACACUCCAGUGAGAGAUGACUGGGACCCAGUAAACUGCAUGUGUUUAAAGGAGGAGAUGUUGAUGGUUGAGACAGUUACUCCGCUAAGAGUCAAUCACAAAAUAAUGAACAUGAAAUUUCAGCCCACUGAUGUCGUCUUUUUUGACGAGCCAUUCCUACUACAGUCCUCCAUACAUUCGCUGUCGCCUUGGCAACUGUUGCUAGGCGACACUAAGUAUCAAAUGAAUAAGUCUGUCGUGACUCUUAACCAGGACGACCUUCCUGGAGUAAAGGACAUUAUUCUAUCACAGCAAGACAUUGCUUCAGACAUUAGAUGCAUCAAAGUGCUUCAGUCACUCAAUUCCUCUCUCUCUCCUACUCUUUCCCCUCCGUCUGACAUCCAGUUGACACUCGGCACUUACAGUUAUAAGUGGAACAGGAAGAGAGAGGGAGAGAGGAAAGAGGAAGAGGAGGGGGACAGUAUUGGUAGCAUAAUGAUGACAGGAAAGAAUCAUUUGCCUCAAGUUAAUGUUAAGUAUCUUCCCUACAACGUCACUGCAGAGUUACCAUCAUAUGCCAUUCAACAUGAAGUCCUACUAGCAGCCUAUAGUAUUAACAACAGGUCUAUAUAUGUGCAUGAGUUUGAAGCCCAUCUUUCUGUUAACAGCGAUUUUAUAAGCUCCGGAAAUAAACUGAGCCGAUUCAGGGUGCUACCACUCUCCUCUUACUCGCUCUCCUUCAAUCUCUUUCCGUUGUCCUCUGGCUACCUCCAGCUCCCAAAGCUUGAGGUAACCUGCAUCAGUCAGUCUAAACUGGAUGAACAGGUUUUGCAAGCUACCACAGCGAGUCUGCCCACUUCAAUAUACGUCAAGCCGUUUUCCUCUGAAGGGGUUUCCCCUCCUGGCAGUGUCUCAAGCUCCUUGAGGACGUCUGUGACAGCUAGUGUUUGAUUGACCACGCCCACUGCAAUUAAUUAACAAACAUAGACAUCUUAAGUUUUUCUAUUAAUCACUAUUAUUAUUAUUAUUACUAUUAUUAUACUAUUUUCUUUAAAAAUUAGUAAUUUAUUUGUUAACAUACAUAGCACUAUUUGACAUCAAUG